AUGAAGUCCGCUCAAAUCGCAAUCCUCCUGGUGGCCAUUGUCGCCACCCUGCUCUCGAUCGUCGAGGCCAAGGCCACCCAAGUUGUCCGCUUCGGCAAGAAGCAUUCCGGCAAGUCGACCUGGUUCAACGGUCAUGACCUCAAAGCCGUGGCAUGCUACGGUGACUUGGAGAACAACUCGCACGUCAACGCCGGUGACUCCUGGUUGAUCGGUGCCGUCCACAUGAACUUCUACAAGGGCGGCGAGAAAUCCGCCUGCUUCGAGUGCGCAAAGAUCACUGCCGGCAAGCGCUCCGUUGUCGUCCGUAUCAUUGACGACUGCGCUGGCUGUGCCCCCAACCAGAUUGAUCUCACUGCCUCUGCGUUCAAGAAGCUCGCUCCUCUCAACCAGGGAGUUGUGAAGACUACUUAUGAGUUUGUGAGAUGCCCUACAAAGGGAAACAUCAAGUGGCCCAAGUCUCCCAAGCCCAAGGCCAAAUAA